AUGCGUCCCACUGCAUCAAAGCUUUUGGGCAAGACCAACGUUGGAGGCAGCUGUUGCAACCCUGUCGCUGCAGCUUUGCUGCUCUCCCUGUGUCUUGGCUUCCCUCGCUCUGUGGCCACUUGCCCACCCUACUGUCUUUGUGCCAGUGAUAUAAUUUCAUGCAGCGGCCACAAUCUGUCCGUGCUGCCCUUUGAUCUCCCAGGCUAUGCCACACGGUUGGACCUGAGCCACAAUGCCCUCAAUGUCCUGCCUGUGGACUGGAUUUCCCGACCGUUUGACCGGCUAGCUACACUGGUUCUCAGCCGAAACUCUAUAAGACAAAUUGAGGCCAACGCCUUCGCUGUGACGCCACAUCUUCUCCACCUGGACCUCUCUUCCAACCAACUAACAGUGCUGAACUCAUCCAUCUUCACUGGGUUGAAGGAACUGAAAGAGCUGCUGCUGUUUGGCAACCAGAUCACCCAGAUUAACCCAGGGGCCUUCAGUGAUCUUCACAGCCUACAGAGGCUCUACCUCUCUGGGAACAGACUGAUGGCGUUCCCUCUGGGGCUUUAUUGGGAACCUGGAUCGCCUCGUAAUCUGACCUUUCUCGAUCUGUCAUACAACAGGCUCUCCGAGGUGCCCGUCCAGAACCUGCUGUCUCUCACCCAGCAAGAUGGAAUUUAUUUGCAGGAAAACCCUUUGGUCUGUGACUGCGCUUUACUCGCCUUGUUGGAGUACUGGAUGUGGAAACAGUAUCGCCCCCUGGUGGACUUCAGAGAUGAAUAUCCAUGUAGAGACGAUUCAGGACCAGGGUCUGAAUGUAGCCAACAGGUAGUGUUAGAUAUGCCCCUUGAGGCACAGACUUACCAAGUAGAGCCUGGUAAAUGGCUAAGAGUGCCAUGUCCAGGAUUUGCUUCUCCAGCCCAGGAGGGACUGGUGGUGUUCUGGGUUACCCCAAAGACUGUGGUGAAUUCGUCAACCAAUGAUCCGGAUGACCACAUAAUAGUUUUCCCCAAUGGCACCCUUGAAAUCCGAUCAGCCGUGAUGGAGGAUUCUGGUAUGUAUGGGUGUGUGACAGCACGCAGGCGCCACUAUGACCCCAGUGAGUCUCUGGAGGUCAGCGUGGUGGUCGGAAACUUAAGCACUACCUCCACCAGCGGCUUGCCACACCGCAGUGGUGCCGAGCAUUUCAAUACAGCGUUCACCACCCUGGCUUCCUGUGUGGUCAGCAUCAUACUAGUGCUGCUCUAUCUCUACCUCACUCCGUGUCGAUGCCGGGAAAGCCGGGGCGGGGGAACGAGAGGGUGUGGCGGACGAGCCAUCAUUCUCUGUUCAGACCCCAGAGAGGUAGAGUCAGGACAGCGGAGGUCAAAUGGAAAGAGGGUGGCUUUCUUAGAGCCUCAGACGGAGGACUCUGAUAUUGGUGUUCCAAAAACACCAGCAAUGAACUUGGGUCAUGUUACCACUGAGGGAAUUCUCAAGAAUGGAAGUAGGACAGUGGGACAGGCCCUCAUAGACCCUGCUCACGUGGUAUAG